AUGAAGAUAGCAGGUGAACAAAAUACCGUGGAAAUACCCAUAUUGGGUAAAACUGAUGCAAAAAAGAGAAAAGAUAGGGAGGUAAAUGAGACAAGAACUGGAUGUAAAGCCCAUAUUCGUUUCAAGAAAAACAAAGAAGGAAAUUUCGAAGUUGUUACACAUGAGUUGGAGCAUAAUCAUGAAUUGGUUAUAGCAGUUCAACGACAUCAUCUAAGAUCAGAAAGGCAAAUAUCAGCUCCAAUGGGUGAACUAAUUGAGAGCAUGAUUGAGAGUGGUAUCAAACCAAUGGAUUCUUAUAAUUAUAUAAGCAAUGAAGCUGGAGGAGAAGAAUGUGUAGGUCAUACUAAGAGAGAUCACCUUAAUUAUGUAUCAAGGGUGAAAAUGAGUAUGGUUGAAGGUGGAGACAUGCAAAAUGUAUUAGACACCCUUCAAGAAAGAGCAGAUCAAGAUCCCUCAUUCUUUUAUAGAUUAAAUUUGGAGAAGAAAAUAAUGCUAACAAACAAAUAUGGGUUGAUAUGUGCUCCAUUUGUUGGUAUAAACAAUCACUGGAAAACAACAAUGUUUGGAAGUGCAUACAUAACCGAUGAAAAGAUUGAUACAUUUGUUUGGCUGAUUUCAAUCUUCAAAAAGUCAAUGUGUGGAAUUGAACCAAAAUCAAUCUUCAUUGAUCAAGAUCUUGCAAUGAGCAACGCCAUACCAGAGGAUAUGUUUUGUAUCAAAUAA